CAUCCAAAAGCGUGUUUUCUAGUUGAUUUAACAGAAGAAAGAAACUGUGAUACAAUUAAUACAGAAUGCAAUAAUUUCAUGGUCAAUGUUUUAUUACUAGCAACAGAUUCAUUUUUAUUACAAAGAACACUCCCUGACGACUACAAGAGCACAAAGAAAUACGAUGGUAUAUUCCACUGUCGGUUUUGCAAAUUUGGAAUCUGGGAAGAUGUUUACAUUGAUGACAGACUUCCUGUUGGUGACGACGGAUUAAUAUAUGGAAGUUCGUCAAAUGAAUAUACUGAAAUGUGGAUUCCAUUGUUAGAAAAGGCGUAUGCAAAAUUCGGUGGGACUUAUGAAGCAAUAAGAACGAGGAGGUUUCUUGAAGAUUUCAGAACAUUAACCGGUGGUACUGGAGUAGAAAUAAAGUUAUCUGAUAGAAAGUUUUACCCGGAUUAUAUUGGAAACAAGAUUGAUCUUGCUCUGCAACAAGGAUCAUGGGUAGUCUGCUCUGUGUCAGAAAGUUCUGAUGGCGAUUUAAACUUGAUUUAUGGUCAGGUUUUUAUCAUAAAAGCUAUUCUAAAGGUUGAAACAAAAAGAGGAAAGGAAGUUAUUUUGGUGAGAAUGAGAAAUCCAAUUGGAAAUAAUGAAUGGACGGGACCAUGGAGUCAAAGUAGCAGUGAAUGGGAAACUGUUGUAUGCAACCAAAGGCCCUUUAUGUUGGAUCGUGAAUUCUUUAUGUCCGUCGAUAGUCUGAUAAAGUAUAUGAACUGUAUAACUAUAUGUAAUUUGAUACCAGAGCAGGAUAAACUUGGUACAGAAGAAAGGUCAAAUUACACAACCAAAAUUUAUAGUGAAUGGAAAGGCAACAUGGCGGCCGGACUAGACUAUUUAAAGAAUCCAAAAUACUUAAUCAAGAUUUCUGACAAAGGAAUAGAAGACGAUGGAAAAGUCCGAGUUGUUAUCAUUCUCGAACAAAUGACACAUCAAACAUCAACGGAAUUAGUAGCUUUAAGGACAAAAUUGUACAAGGUACACACAGAGUGCAAACAUGGAAUGAUUAUAGAAGAUAUAACAGAAGAAGGCAUCUGUUCAAAACGGAUAUCUGUGACAUUGAGUGUACGAGUGGUCCCUGGGAAUUACUUAAUUGUGCCUCACACAGACAGGGAAGAGUAUGAAAAAGAUUUCAUGAUUGCUAUAUUUACACCAACACCGUUAAAAGGAGUAAGAUUUAUCGAUGGAAGAAACCCUAUCUUAGUCUCCAGACAAGGUACUACAGUAAAAUUAAAAGGUGCAACCUCAGAAUCUAAACUUGAAUGUGUGAAUUAUUCUUGGGGAGAAUGGGAUUUACAACAAGGCUAUCUGCAUGGUGAAGAUUUCGAGAAAAAUCCACAGUUUGAAAUACAAAUUCCAUAUGAAGCACCUUCAUGUGUGGUCAGGUUUCAGUUACUAAAAGAUAGUUUUCAAGAAGAUGCAUGUAUUGGCUUUAGGCUUUUUAAGAUGACCAGUUACAGGAAAAUGCCUCUUACAAAAUCUUGGAUUGACGCAAUUUGGGAUGACCCCGUCAAAUGUCAUGAUGGGUCAAUAGAAGGUUGGCAUUGGGACUAUAUUGCACCGACCUACACACUUGCGCCAGGGACUUACAUUGCUAUAGCAUGGGCUGACAAACCAGAUUACAAGUGUUCAUUCUGUCUGGUUGUUAAGGUGUCAUUUCCGAUCAAAGUAACAUGCUAUAAUGAUGGUAAUUCUACAUGAACACGUAUUCAACAUCUGAAGGAGUAUAUCAAGACUUGAUAACGUUUUCGAAAAAAGGUUAUGGUUAAAAACAAGAAUUUGUUUCCAAAUAAAAUACUACUACAAACAUUGAUACUGACAAUCCCUCGUGGUGUAAUGGAAAGUAGUUUUCAACAUGUAAAACAUUAAACAAAUGAAAUGUUUUGUUUAUAUAAGAUUUUCAAUACCCAACUUUCUUGUCCUCUGACAAAUGAAAUGCAUUAGUUAUAUAUAAUAUUCAUUACCCACUACCCAACAUUCUUGUCCUCGGAAGGUGUAUCAU